AUGAUUUAAAAUUAUAAAUAGAUUAAAAAAAUGCCUUCAGAUGUAAGAUCUUUAGGAAUAGAUCCAGAUCAAUAUAAGAGAGCUAUGUAGUAUGCGUUCGAUAAAUUAGCAUUUUAAAUGUAUGUUUACUCUGUUAAAACUGGUCUUGAAUGCAUCUUCUCCCUAACUUAUGUUAUGCCAUUAGUUUGGAACGGUGUAACUAAACUUUUCCCUAUUAUAGAGCCAACAAGCGAAUUUUAAAGAGGUUUUAUGUUUCUCUUAAUUGAAGCUCUUAAAUCAAAAUUUAUAGAUGUGCCUAUAGCUCUAUAUGAAACAUUUGUAAUAGAAGAAAAAUAUGGCUUUAAUAAAAAGACUCUUUUCCUAUUUUUUAACGAUUUAGUGAUAGAAGCAGGUUUGAGUGUUAUUAUCAUACCAACUAUUCUUUAUGGAUAUAUUUAUGUAGUAGAUAAAACAGAAUCUAAUGAGUGGUUCUUUUUUAAUGUAGAAAUAUUUAUUAUAUUGUUUAUGCUGGCAUAUAUCACUAUAAACCCUAAUUUUAUAGCUCCGGCAUUUAACAAGUUUGAGGAAUUAGAAGAUGGAGAAUUAAAACAAGAAAUAAAUGAGCUAGCCAUCAGCAUUAAUUUUCCUUUGAAAGAUAUCCUUAAAAUGGAUGGGUCUCGACGCUCAGAGCACUCUAAUGCAUAUUUCUAUGGACUUUGGAAUAACAAGAGAAUAGUCCUAUUCGACACUCUUUUAAAUUAAAUGUCUUAAAACGAAAUAAUGUCUGUAGUUGGUCAUGAAUUAGGACACUGGAAGCAUUCUCAUUCCAAAAUUAAAUUUUUAAUCUAUUGUUUGAGAAUAAUAAUAAUUUUUUCACUAUUUUCUUUUUUCAGAAACAGUGAUUCAAUAUUUCUUAGCUUUGGAUUUACUGAUAAAUCUACUUUUAUAGGCACAACACUGUUUUUUAAUUUAUUUUCACCUAUAAACUCAGUAAUUGAAAUAAUAGAUUUAGUAAUCUCCCGCUAUUUUGAGUUUUAAGCAGAUACUUUUGCAUGCAAUUUAGGAUAUGGUUAUUAUUUAAUGAGUGGUCUAACUAAAAUAUAAAAAGAAGAUGUGUCUACUCUUAAUCCUGAUCCUUGGUAUGCUUGGUUCAAACAUUCUCAUCCUGGAUUAUUUGAAAGAUUAAAACGUAUUAAACAGACAUUAUUUUAAAUUGAAAAACAAAACGGUUUAGAAAAUUAAUAAAUUUAAGAGAAAAUAUAAAAUUUUCUUGAGGAAUAUGUAAGUAUAAAUGGAAGAAAUCAUCAAAAUAUAGAUAAUAGUAAUAAUAGGCAUUAUAUAAAUUCCCCUAAUAAUACUAAUAAUAAUAAUAGUAAUAAUAGAAGAUAACUUGGUUCAUAAUAUUAAGGAUUCUUAAGGGAGCAUGCAAAUUCAUAAAACUAAAUAAAUGGAUUUUAAAGUAGGAAUCCAAUUUAUCAUGCUCUAGAUAGGAAUGGGAGUAACAGUUUAAAUAGUUCUAUGCAGUAAUUUCCUAUCACUUAGUAAUAAAAUAAUUAAAAUGAGAUAGAUAGUAAUAGCAACCAAAUAGGUUAUCAGCAAGCAUUAAAUAAUACACUUAUUUAAAAUUUUGCCAAUCCAAAUACAAAUAGUGGAUUUAAUUUAAAUCUGUUGUUUAAUUAUGAGCAAUAAUAAAAUUAAUAGCUGAUUUAAUAAUAGCUUUAAAUGCAAUAAAUGUAGCAGUAGCUUGUAUCUGAUUUAUUAAAUUAGUGGACUAAUUAAUAGUAUCUCUUACAAUAGCAAUAACAAUAAGGAGUCAAUAGUGGAUUGCAGCUAAAUUUAGGAUCUAUUGCUCAGUAGUAACAAUAAUAAUAAUAACAUUAGUAAUAGAAUGUACUAAGAAAUAAUUAACAGCUUUCAAAUAGCAGUAGUUCUUACUUAAUUACAAAUCGCAAGGUUUACAAACACUCGAUAUCUAAUAUCGAAUCUCUUGAUUCUAGAGAUUACAGCAGUAGUGUUGAUAUCAAUCAUCCCAAUAAAAAGUUAUAUAAAGAGGAUGUGUAUCUUUUUGGCUCAUAAAUACCUUCAAAUGAUAUUAGAAAAAGAUAAGUUUUGCAAUAAAAUUAAUCUAGACCUCAGUCUCCUCCAGAAUUUUAAAAUAAUAAUAAUUUCAAUAACAAUAUUUUUAAUAAUAAUAUAAGCAAUGGCUUUCACAAUUCACCAAACCAAUAAGUAAUAAAUUCUGAUUAAAAUAAAGAACAUUACCAAAAUGGUAUAAAUUAUUCUCCUACCUUUAAUGGUAAUUAGAAAAAAUAAGGAUACCAAAAAAAUGGAACAUCUCUAGAUAAUAAUAAAUUCUCAUAAAAUAAUAAUCGUUCAUCAAAGAUAAACUAAUAUUAAGUAAUGAAUGGAAAUGGCAACUAAUGA